AGUAUUAGAAAUCUACAGCAUACGUGACGUGAAGUAUAGAUUUUUAGUAAUGUUAGUGAAUGAUGGACCGCAAGAGAAGCGGCUUCCCUAGCGGUACGCAACAUCAACUAACUGUAGCAAUUGCUUGUCGUGUAUCGAUAAUGUCACUGCUCUUUCCAUUUUCUUCUCAAAAUCGUCGUCAAUCUGUCGGAAUGACAGGUUUUCUAACCUGAAUAGUUAUCAACUUUAACGUUAGAUAACUCGCUUCGCGAAGACCGAUAAUUUUUUCUGCCAGAGGUGUUCGUUUUUACAAUCGCAUUAAAUGAGCAUAGAUUUAUCGAUAUUUUGAGACCGAGUAAAUCUGAUCUAAAAAUAAUUAUAGAUAAUAAAUGGAAUGCAAAUUAAAUAUUCUGUUGAUAUGUUCUCUUUAACUUAUCCUUCAAAUGACAUGACAUCUCAACAUUAUCAUCAUCAACAUAAUGGCAAAGUAGAAAGAGUGUCCAUAGGAAAAGAUUAUCAUGCCACAUUUAUUGAACAAUUUGUCAAGGAUGUUUAUGACUUCAGUUCUCAAUAUGGAAACAAUAUUAGUAUAUCUUAUACUGCUCACAAUAUCACUGGACCACCCAGCAAGUUUCCAGAAUAUGGAGAUUUUCCUCAAGCAUUUGUCAUGAGAACAUAUGGAGUAUGGUGGGAUAAAUCACCUUCAAGAUCAAUUGAUUAUAUGCCACAGAAUAAUCUGAAUGUUGUGAGCCAUGAUUAUAUUGAUAUUGAGUAUGCUGAAGCAGUGUAUCCAAUCAGAGUCUCAAUAUAUGAAAUAUAUAAUCCUGGAAGUGUGAUUAGAAUUUGGGCACAAGAUUUUCAUGACCAGUGGUUUCAGUUGUGGAGUGGGCCACCUCAAAUUGUUUCUCAAAAACCACGGAUAUUCUCACCACCUUUAAAAUCAUGUAACUUUAAAACCAAAAUGUUAAGAUUGGAGUUCAAUCACAGCCAGUUGGACUAUUACACCGAACUGGAUGCUGCGUUGCUUAUCGGUACAACAGAAUUGAUUCUUGUCAAAAAUGAAUCUCAUGAACAGAGUUUAACUGAUUUGUUAUAUUUACAAAGAAUGAAUUAUGUUUAUCCUGAAGAAACUUUCAAUGAAGAUGUUCAUAAUUUGACACCAGAUUAUAAAAGUGCAAAACAAGAUUUAAUCAAUCUUAAGAGAAUGUUACAUGGUUGUAUCAAGGUCACAAGUAAGAUACAGAAUUAUCGCGAGAGCAAGCUGAUAUCUAAGUUGGUAUUGGAGCAACUUUAUCACUGUGUGCCGCCCUUUAGAGAAGGAUGUAAUAGUAUGCAACAAUUUUUGCUGGAAGAUUUUUCAAGAUUUAUGAAGAAUAUUCAAGAUUCUUCGGAUGAGUCUAAAGAGCCACCAUGUGAUAGUUUUUCCAUGCUUCCUGACGAAACAAUAUUGAAAAUUUUUAAAAACUUGGACUUGAAAUCGUUGUAUUGCUUGUGCAGAGUCAACAAGCAUUUUAAUAACUUGGCACGGGACGCUCUACUCUAUACAUGUUUGAAUUUAAAACCGUAUUGGAAUUCUUUUGAUGCACGUGCAUUAAACUGUUUGGCAUCCAGAUGUAAAUAUUUGCGACAGUUGGAUCUCUCGUGGUGUGGCAAUCACGACAUGUUUUCCACUGUGCACAUCAGAAAUUUUCUCAAAGUUUGCGGCAGUCUUUUAACGCACUUACGAUUAAAUUGCUGCGAAACAGUUGAUAACUCUGUCGUUCAUGAAAUAUCAAGAACAUGUAAAAACUUGAAAGAACUGAGCUUGCGUAAUUGUCAGAACAUAACGGGUGCAGGCUUCUCGUGUUUGCACAAACUUGAGUUCCUCGAACGUUUAGAUCUGUACAGAACAUCCAUAGAAACUCCAACUUUAUGUAAAAUAUUGAAAAAUAAUCCGCAUAUGCGUCAUUUAAGUAUAGCAGGCAUGCGCAAACAUUUUAAUGCGGACGAAGUCGCAGUUGAAUUGGGAACUUCGUGUCCGGACUUGGAAAGUGUAGAUUUUUGGAAAGCGAUGACUCUUACGUGGCAAGGUAUCGAUGCUCUUUCCAAUUGUAAAAAUCUACGAGAAGUGGAUUUCAGUUGGUGCAAUAGAACUGGUUAUGGCUCGAGACUCCACAAGCUGUUUUCUUCCUGUCAGCGUUUGGAAAAGGUCUUCCUCGCAUCUUUUCAAGGACUCACAGAUCGCGAUUUGAAGGAGCUGGCGUUGUGCAAACACUUAAAACAGUUGGAUCUGUUAGGCGCGCUAUCUCUUACACCCGAAAUAUGUUUUGGAAUUUUGUUGAAUUGCCCUAAAUUAGAAUUGCUUGAUCUCAGUUUUUGUGACUACAUUAGCGACUCGCAGAUCAAACUAUGGCGACAGGAAUACCCACAUAUUGCUAUUAAAAGAAUAACGCAAAAUAUGGAAAACAGAUUGAUAUAACAUAGAGUAACUGUAAUUUAUAUAGUGAAAUUCUAAUGUACGAUAAUAGUAAUACGAUUUUUAUUGUAAAAAAAACUUCAAAUUUUAAAUAGCUUAAAAAAAUUUAAUUAAACUUCAUUUGAAAUCGAAAUAUAAAAACUGUGGGACUAAAAUGUGAUAGAAAUUUGUACUGUAUAAUUCAUAAUGUAUUGAUCAAAGUAAUAUAUAUAUAUAUAUAUAUAUAAAUUUAGAUUGAU